GUGACCGGACUAUUCUUUCCACUGCACUUCUGAAGCGACUGAAAGCCACCCAGGACACCACCCAAGCACCAGCUGAUUCAAGAUGAAUUGGAUGUCCGGUUUCCUCUUUUGCUCAUUGGUGGUGCUGUUGCAAGUUUGCUCUAACCUUGAAGUUGAUGCCGAUGAAGACCCUCAGACACCUGGACGAUCUUGUGCAAACUGGAUGGGAGGAGCACCAGGCUACCCAGGUCACAAUGGAAUUCCAGGAAGAGAUGGAAGAGAUGGGCAGAAUGGCCAAAAAGGAGAUAAAGGCGAACAAGGUACACCUGGCCCCAAAGGGGACAGUGGAAAUACAGGAGAAUCUGGUGCUGUUGGCCUUAUAGGACCUCGGGGUGUUCCAGGAUCUCCAGGACUGAAAGGGGAAAAAGGGGAAAGUGCCUCCAGUUAUCGAUCUGCCUUCAGUGUUGGUCUAACAACCAGAGUCCCCCACCCCAAUAUUCCUAUCAAGUUUUCAAAGAUCCUCUACAAUGAGCAAAAUCAUUAUGAUCCAACAACAGGGAAGUUCCGAUGCAGCAUUCCAGGAAUGUACUAUUUUGCAUAUCAUCUCACUGUGUACCUAGCAGAUGUGAAAGUGAGCUUGUUCAAGAGUGGCAAGCCAGUCAUAAUCACUUAUGAUCAGUAUCAGAAAAACAAUGUUGACCAGGCAUCUGGUUCUGUUUUGCUCCAUGUAGAAACUGGGGAAGAAGUUUGGCUUCAAGUAUAUGGAGAAGAGGAGAACAAUGGUAUCUAUGCUGAUAAUAUUAAUGAUUCUACUUUCAUGGGAUUCUUGGUCUACCCAGACUUAGAUUAUGAGCAUUAGACCAUGAGGAAUGAUUAGCCGAGAAUACAUUUGGAGACAGAUUGUUGUUUAAUUGGCCAUGGCCAUAUUUUUGACACUAGCAAACACAAUUAAUUUAGAUAGACUCAUGACUCAUUCACACUUGUAUGUACAUUGCCUGCAGUGUAAAGUGAUGGCUUGGAUGUGUGAAUGAGCUGCCACAGAUAUGACCUCACUGAAAUAACUUUAAAAUCACCUCAGCCACAGUGCUUUUCGAAGGAGUCAGUUCACAUAUCCAGCUAUCCAACACCAUAAGUACAGUAAAUGAAAGAAAGUUACAUGUAUGUGCAAAUCAGGACACAGGCUGCAAUAAUCCUAGAUACUAUUUACAAAGAGUUAUUAUUCUGUCAAAGGACUGUGCAUUUGAGUAGUAGGACCUUUGGGUAACAGAUAUUCAAUAAUGAGGAACAAUCAUUGUUCCGUGCUAAUAGAAGCAUCCUUAUAUGUGUAGCUUUCAGACUGGUUUCUCAUUAGACCCAAGUUAUUUUCUCAGACAGAUUGCUAUACAUAUUCCUUUCUUUUGUGAAUUAUGUUUGUCUUCUAUAUAAUAUGUAAACGUAAGCAAGGAAUAAUGGCAGUACUUCAAUAAAGAAGGGGGUUUGCAACA